AUGGCUGCAAUGAAUCCAGAAUAGUGAGUUUAUUUUCAAAGCCAAAUUUUCCGAAGAUAAGACUAUUUUUUCAGCGAUUAUUUGUUCAAACUUCUCCUCAUCGGUGACUCUGGUGUUGGAAAAUCAUGUUUGCUUCUUCGUUUUGCCGAUGACACUUAUACCGAAUCAUACAUUUCCACAAUUGGAGUGGAUUUCGUGAGUUUUUUAAACAAAAAACAUCUGCCAAAAGACGACAAUAGCCUGAAUUCUUGAUAACCACUGAUUUCAAUUCUUUGAACGUGUAUUUUCACUAGUCAAAUUAAAAAAAACCAGUCAUGUUUUAAGAAAAAUGUCGUUAAAAAACAAAUUACGAUCAAAAACUGGAAAAUGUAAAUGAUUCUGAAUUUUUGUUCGAAAAAUUUGCUCCAUUGUCCGUGUUUUUAAAUUUCCAAUUUUUUUCAGAAAAUUCGAACAAUCGAGCUUGACGGAAAAACCAUCAAACUUCAAAUUGUAAGUUUUUUUCCACAUCAGUCAAUUAGCAAGAUUUAAUUUUUCAGUGGGAUACUGCUGGACAGGAACGUUUCCGUACAAUCACAUCGAGUUAUUAUAGAGGUGCUCAUGGUAUUAUUGUUGUUUAUGAUAUCACUGAUCAAGUAAGUUUAUGGAGGUUUUCAAAUAGAAAAACCUCAUAUUUGAAAAAUGUGUGAUGGAAAGUCGGAAACAUUUUCUUGGAUUAUAAUCUCGAAUUUAACCCAGUUUUUUCUAAUCAGAUUGUUUCAUCUUUUCCGUAAGAUUUGUUAAUUUUUUGCCGAGAAAAUUGAUUUAUAAAAAAGGAUAUAAAAAAUAAAAUUUGAAGUUCUUAUUAGCUUAGUUAAGAGUGCUUCUACUUGGUUAUUUUUUACUGAGAAAAUAAUUGUAUUCGAAGACCAAAAAUAUUUUGUCAAACAACAAUGUCCGUUUUCUAGAAAAAUACGUCAAUCGAAAAAUUAAUUAAAAUGUUCUAUUUUAGGAAACAUUCAACAAUGUUAAACAAUGGUUGCAAGAAAUCGAUAGGUAUGCAUGUGAAAAUGUCAACAAAUUGUUAGUUGGAAACAAAUGCGAUUUGACGGCAAAACGUGCUGUUGAAACACAAGCUGCUCAGGUAAAUAUCGUUUUUUUCUUUAAUCAAAAUGAAUAUAAACUAUUUUUUUCAGGAAUAUGCCACUCAACUCGCCAUUCCAUUCCUUGAAACUUCUGCUAAAUCAUCGACUAACGUUGAACAGGUUAGUUUUUGAAGUUUUAUUAAAAAUGCAAACCUUUUUUCAUGACGCACUUUCGUUAUUCGAAACUGGUUUCACAGUGUACAUAAAUUAAAUUUCGAAUCAGAGUUGAAUUUUUUAUUUGGUUAUUUCAAAACCAGUUCUAUCGUUCCGAAGUUGAGAAGAAUUUUAUUUUUUUUUAGAAUUAGCUUACCAAAAUUUCACAGUCAUACUCGUUUGAUUGAGUUAAUUAUCUCGAUGAAAUCUUAACGAAAAUUAUGGCAACAUCGUUUUUAUCGUUCAAAGUUCUCAUCCAUUGGAAAAUAAACAAGGGUCUUAUCAAACAUGAUUGAUAAUUCAUUCCUAUUCAAUAAAAUCAGCUGAUGAUGAUAGUUCAGGAACCCAAAAAGAUACAUUUAUUUUUUCAGGCUUUCUUGACAAUGGCAGCCGAAAUCAAAUCACGAAUGGGACCAGUUCAAGGAGCAGGUGGUGCUCCAGGUGUUCGAAUUACUGGAUCACAACCAGUUCAAGAUAAGAAAAGUGGUGGAUGUUGUUAA